AUGGACGCUGGACUCGCUCAUCUCGUCAGCUGGAGCGAGGCUACGAAGGGCAAUGUACCUCCUCCCCUCACCGGACCGUCACUCACCAUAUCACCAUUGCCCGCUCCUCAUCCCCCAACAGUCUUUCUAUUCGGUGGAAAAUCAGUCAAGACACGUCGCCUGACAUCGGAGAUGUGGGCUAUGAAUCUGUAUAGUAGAAUAUGGGAAAGGGUAGACGCAGGUGAAGGUCCUGGACCAAGGUACUUUCAUUCAAUGGAUGUUUGGGAGAAUAAACUCGUUUGUUUUGGUGGAAUGUCAGACUCAGAUCCAAUGUCUGUUCAUAAUGAUAUUUGGUUAUUUGAUUGUUUUUCACGCCGUUGGGUACCUCAACCCAAUCCCUCCUCGAGUAUGAUAGGUUUGGGAAUAUCAUCGCCUAACACUACUCCUACGUCAUCCCAAGAUCCUUCUCUCCUACCUUCGGCAAGAUACGCACAUCUCAGCUCGAUCUCAAGAGGCAAACUCGUCAUAUCAGGUGGUCAACAUUCAGACAACUCGUGGAUAUACGAGAUCAACGUUUAUGACCUGAAGAAGAAUUUGUGGGAAUCAAAAACAAUCCAACCCGAAUUGGGAGGUUUACAUUCAAAAGGAGCGUACAGAAGCGUGGCUACCAGUUCAAAGAGGAGAGUGGUGGUUCCUCAUGUAGGGGGAGACAUGAAAGCUACAUCAUCACACAGUUAUUCUAUCGAUGAAGAGGGGGAAGGAGGCGACGUAUGGUGUUAUUCGAAUUACGACUUUGCGAAAGUGCGACGAGAACUUGAUGUUCUCUCUCCCAAUUCAUCUGUUUCACCCAUCUCCUCCAGCAAACAUGUCUCUCCGCCUUCAUUCUACCUUCGCGAUGACUCUGAUUCAAUGCGCGGUCAGCAUCAACCUCCAGGAUUACGGUUCCCCACCGGUGGUAUCGUAGGCAAUCAUUUUAUUCUUUGCGGACUUUAUCUCGCAUCAUCUUCCGCCGCUUUCUCAAUAUGGGCUCUCAACCUGGAAAACAUGGUUUGGCGACAUCUCGAGCCAAACGUGUUGUCUUCUGGAAGCUGGAAUCGUGCAGUAGUCUGGCCUGAAAUGGCUAAGAUCGUUGUAUUCGGAAGCACUGAACUCGAUCUCGCAUCAGACUAUAGUCGACGAGCGGUAAAUCUCGACAAUAUGGCAGUCAUCUGCCUUGAAGCCUUUGGCAUCUAUCAACCACCUAAAUUAGAAGUACCUGCCAGAGUUCAGCAAGCUGGAUUGACAAUGCUGGAAGAGAAAUUAGCAUCUGACUUUGAGGUAAUCUGUGACGAUGGAAGAAGAGUAAAAUGUUCCAGGCAAAUUCUGUCAGAACGCUGGCCAUGGUUCGCGGAACAAGAAAGCGCUCUGUCCCACAAGACCGCCGGCGUCCUCUCUGCUGCUGCUGCUGCUGUAGAUAUCAACGAUACACUUCUCGGAUCCUUCACACCUGCUCGACUGGCUCCUACCAAUCUCACCCUUCCUGAACCUUUCCCCGUCUGCGUAGCUCUCGUACAAUACUUCUACACUCUUUCGUUAUCUACUGCUUUGCAGAAUAAGGCUCCUGUAAUUUCAGCCUUACUAUUCCUUGCCAAGCAAUACAACAUUGAUCGACUGAACAAGCUUGUCGUGCAUGCUCUUCAUGAGAGAUUGGAGCCUAAUGUCGCUGUCGGUAUCUACGAAAUAGCCACAUUGGCUGGUGAACAAUGUCUCCAAGUCAGAGCAUUGAACAUGAUUCAUAUGGCCAAAAAUGCAGCUGCGCGAACUCAACGUCAAGGCCCUUCCGGUUCGCAGAACUCAGAAAGCGGUAGCUUUGCUGGCCGACCCGAUGUGACACCCGUUGGGACAUACCAACAACCUUCUGGCAGUUCAAACCCAUCUACCGGUCCGCGAGGAAGUCUCAAUGAUGACACACCUUACCGACGAGCAAGAGCUGAUUCUCUGACGGUCCCCGCGGACGUGCUCGAACCUAGUUCUAUAGACAAGCCUGCCACAGAUGUCCAGGGAGACAAUCAUGGUGACUCGGCUGAUCAAGUCAACGCUCUGCUCGCGGCACUUGACGUGAAUGCUCCUGUGUCUCACAAAUUGUCUGAAACCUUUUCUCAGCAUAGCCCAUCUUUACAAGACUCUAUGGAGCCAGCUUCGCUGUUUCCCGCUCCACCCAGGAGAAAUCCCCUCAGAUUACCUAUGCCCCCACCACACAUGCCUUCAUCUCGACCUUUUACCGCACCUCAAACGCCAGAUUCGUCACAUCCUGCUGGAGGCUUCCAUCGACCCUCCAGUCCUACCAAUUCUGACGUAACUUCCAAUUACCCAUCCACCCCUGCCGAAUCGAUGAGGGAAUCCUGGUUAUUACCAACCCGAGACUUAUCUUCCUCAAUGAUGGACAGUCGAUCAAGUUCAGGACCAGGUAUACCUCUUCCCCCUUUACCCGAAGACCACCAAUCAGGUCAUCACAUCCUCCAUGUUAGACGAAAUCUAUCUUUCCCUUCCAAGAAUAGAGAAGCUAUCAUCGAUCCUUAUUCCGGAGCGAAGAAGUUGAAUUUCACAACCUUGGAAGCGGCAUCAGACAUACCUCCGAUCACUCCACCACCACAAUCAUUCUCUGCUCAGCAAUCGAGAGCCAUAGAUUCCAUGAACUCUCACAAUAACGUUUCUACAUAUUAUCUCGAAGCCUCCACGUUAAACUCUCAUUCUUCUCCAGCAGGUUUGUCGAGAGCGACCUCUUCUGCAUCAAUCGAUUAUUUUCCCAAGUCAAGCAACAAUCGACAUUUCUCAGUCAGGACUGAUAGCACAACUUCUACGACUUCAAAUCUGUCCACGAGGGAGAUUAGACUUACCUCGAAUGGAAACAAUAUAGCAAACGGAAAUUCAUAUGGGACUACUUCAACCGAUCAUUUCGAAGGCAACUCUCUAUACCGAUCAAAUACUGAAAGAUCGACAAUUGAUGCUACGAGUAUAAGUUCAGGAUCAACUGGAACAAGUAGUAAGAGAGCUGCCAAGAUUGAAAUGAAAGCUAUCAAAGCAGCAGAGAAAGACGCCAAGAAAUCCGAAGCUCAAGCUCGAUUCGAAGCAUUACGAGCUCAACAAGCUAAGAAAAUGGUUAUGCUCAAAGCAGAAGCACAAAGACAGGCUGAUAUCAAAGCUAAAGAAAGAGAAUUACAAGCUCAAAUGGAUGAAUUGAAUCAAAAGAAACAACCAAAGAGUAAAUGGGCCAGAGUGGGCAAGAACUUCACGGAUGCUGUGUUGUUUCCUAGUGGAGGAUCAGGCUCCACGAUGUUCUAG